CACGCUCCAUUCCUCUUUCCCCCCCCACUUCUCUCUGUUCCCCAUGCCUCUGUCCCCCACUUCCCUCUGUCCCCCACACUCCUCUCCCUCUUCUUCACAAAGAAAACCCUAGCUCAAACCCGAAUCGAUCCUAUAAAUAAUCGUUUUGCCAAUUGAAUAAGGGUCGGGGAACCGAUCUAGGAGUCACCUAAAGUUUUCCAAAAUAUCAAAUUUGCAACUCGUUGUGAUAGUUCAAAAUACCGAAUCAAAAAAUACUCAAACAAUUUUUUCGUCUGUUCUGUUCUUGCUGUGAAUUCGAGCUUCGCAAGCUCGGAUUUGGUAGUUUCGAGGGUAGAUCUGAAGCCCCGCACUCCACUUCGCUGCACCCAAAAAAGGUCAGUGCAAUCCCUUUUUUUUUUUUUAGUUUCGAUUUGAUUUUGGUGUAUUUGUGAUUCCUUGUUUGUGUGUGUAGUCUUUUCCUUGUUUUGAUUGUGAUUCCUUGUUUAUAGUCUUUCCAAAUCUGUUUCGUUGAUAUUUUCGUGAGGAAAUUACAACACCAGUAAUGUAGAUCAGUUUAUUCCCAUUUCUUUAUUUCAGCCUCUUUGGUGUUUAGUAUUGAGGAAUCUUAAUUUCUAGCAAUGCAGAUGAAUUGUUUCAUAUAUAUAUAUAUAUAUAUUUUUUUUCUUUCCUUAGUUAAAUUCUUCGUACAUUAAUCCGUGAGCAUGUGACUGUGAUUUUUGGCAUUUAGUUUUUCAUGAUUUAGUUAUGAUUAGUUCAUAUUCCUAUUUAAUGGCUGCUUGUUUCACUCCUUUGAUUAAUUUAAGUCCCUGCUUCCUAUGGGUAGCAAGUAAGAUUCAAUUUUCAAUAUCGUUGUUCCUUUGAAUAGUUUGUCCUCUUCAUGUAGAGCUGGAUAAUAGGUAGGUUCAUUUACUGUUAAAUAAAGGCGUUGUGUAGGUUUCAUUGCUGCUAGAAGUUAUAUGUUAACAUUGCGGGAGUGCUAGAAUGCAAGUCUUUGGUAAACAUUUGCUUCCAUUUAGUUUUAAAUAAAACUUCUUCAGAAUUUGUAGAAUUAGCUGAGCAUAUUAGCUAUUCUAUAAUUGUUAUUAGACCUUUAGCACAUUAGUUUACUCUUGUUUGCCAUGCAUAGAUUGACUAUUUGCCACUGACAUGUUGUUUUUCUAUCUAAAACCAAGUAACUUUCGGCUGAGAAUUGCCAUUAAGUUAAGUCAAAGCUGGUUGAAUUAAAAUCCUCUGAUGGUAAUUAAAGUUCUAAUACUGGACCUUCUCUUUUAGAUAUGAUCUAAUGGGAUUAAAACUUCCUUGUUUGGCAUCAUAUACGUGCUAGUAACUAAGCAGCUGUGUUAGCUUGAACCAAUCUUAUGCUUAUUUCUUUCCAUAAAAAUUUAACAAUUGAAAGUCCCUUAUGUGUCCAACUAUGGGUGUUGAUCAAAAUCUUGAGGGAUUUGUCCUGUCUGAAUUUUAGUAACCUCUAAGAGGAUCAGUUCUUAUUUUGGUCAAAGAUGUAUGAUUGAGGAGUCUGUGCGCUAGGCCAGUUGUGGCCAUGCAAUAGAGUUGUCAUGAUUAUGCUAGUUGUUUCGAUUGGAAUCAUUAUAAGUUUUGAAGAGUUAGGAUGAAGUUGUUCCUUUAAAAUAAUGUAGGCUAGGACGUAUUCUUAAUAUUGAGUUUAUCAUUUAAGACAAAUUCAACCAUUUAAAUCAUUGGCUAUUUCUCUAAACUAGAAGAAAGGAAAGGAUAGUUUGCUUCUUUUGUGUUCUGAAUCAGUAGGGUGUUCACUGAGAACUCAUUUGAUCUUGAUGCGAUGUUACCAUCACAUGUAUGCCACAUUUAGACUGCUAAACCAAAAUGCAUGCUUCCCUUGAUCAUGUGAAUCUUUCAUACCCCUCCUUAGUGCCAUUUUAUGUGCCCAUAUGUAUUUCUCUCGUACAGUAUAAGUAGAUUAAAGUAGUAUGCAUGCAAAUCAAAUCUAAUUAGCCAAAAUGCUGCAUUCUGCCUGAUGGUCUGGUGUCCUCUAUCCUACUGUCUCCCCUGUAUCCUUUCGGUGAAGUGUAAAGUGAAGUUAGGCUGGCAUUGGCUGUCAAAGUUUUUUUCUUCUAUUAUUUAGAUUCAUUACACAAUAGCAUAAAAAUGCUGGUUUGAUGCUUUGAAUUAAAAUAUGCUCAGGAAAGUGUCAAAUCUAAAUCACUGGCUUUGUUUAAAAGAUCCUGUAUUAUUCCCUUCCUUAAAUUGUUGCUGAAACUGCAUGUCAUAAUUAUUUCCUUCAUUCCCUUUUAUUCAUCUGAGUGCUAAUACGAAUAUGUCCUGCAUGUCUCUUGUAUACUGCUCUCAUGCUACAAAAACUUGGCUAGAGUUAAGGACUAAGUUAUGUAUAAGAUUUCCACUCUGUGAGCAAGUUGUGUCACUUGUAUCUGUUAACUUUUUAUAUACUCUUACAUUAGAAGUAUGCCAUGGUUGAGUUUGUAUAUGCAUGUAUAUCAUAAGUAGGUUGCGGUCAGCACAUUGAUAGGGAGUUUAGUUGGUCAUUAUGGGUCAAGCUUGAACCCUCCCCGGUGUUAGCCAUGCUUGGGAUUCAUGAGAUCCUUUGGAACUUGUGCAAUAUCGGGAAAACGGGGGAAAUAGUUUUCAGAUAUUAACUUUCGAAUAUCCCUAUGAACGUGUAUACACUAAAUAUACCCAGAAUAUACACGACAUGUUUGAUUUCGUUUGAAUUUAUAUUUUACAGAUUUAACUCUAUUCAUUGAUCAUAUGCUAAUCCUUUUCCUUUCGUUUUAUGCAUGAUCAUCGCACACGAGUCCGCGGGACUCGUUUUCCCUCCGCAUUCGGUGUUGGGCUAAAAGCCCAACACGACUCCUCUCUCUAUCCAGCCGUCUCCUGUCCGCAGCAAGCAUAUACAAAACAUUAUGGGCCGAGGUCCAUAUAACAGCAACAGCCCACAGCAGUACACUGAAAUUUCUGGGCUGAAGUCCCAACAACGAUCUGAUCAUAGCAGCCUUGAAAUGGGCUGAGCCCAUUUGAUUUAUUUAUUCCUCUAUGAUAUUCUUUUAUGCAUUUAAUUUGUAUUGCAUGACUAACCCUUUUUUUUUUUUUUCAAUUUAGAUAAACCUUAGUGAAAUUAGUAGGUUGGUCUUAAUAGUGGGUAGUUAGUUUAAGGAAGACCAAUAAUUAAUUCCAUAAGUUUACUUCUCUUCUUUUCAUGUCAAAUUUAUUUAUAAUGUCUAAUAUUUAUUUUACUGGUAAUAAUUGAUUUGCAAAAAAUGGUAUGACUAUAUAUCUUAAGUAAAGGGAAUCAUAUUUUAUUCUUAUUAUCAUAUACAUUUUCUAAAGCGUCACUAAUGAGCAAAUAUAAACUCAAGUAUAUUUUAUAAAUAUUGUUUUCAAGAUUAAUUCAAUUAUACAUAUUCCUAGCCGAAUAUAGGUAAAUAAGUUAAUAAAAAGAGAGAAAAAUUCACCUCCUCUUGCAUCCUAUUUAAGUCUAGAUUUUUCUACAUCAUCAUAUUCAUAUAAUAUAAUUUUAUCCCAAAUCUAAUUUUGCUAAGUCUUCUCUUAAAAGUUUCCACUUAUAUGCCAAUCAUUAUAUUUUGCAAAUUUUGUUCUUUUAAAUAACAUUAUUAUUUAUAGUUUAGCAAUAUUUAUAGUUUACUUUAAAUAAACACUCAAGUCUCUUUUUGUGCAAAUUAUCCUAUGAGUCUCAUUUUAAAAUAGCAUUUUUAUUUAAAGCCUUAGCAUAUUUUUUAAAUCUUAUUUUAUACAGUGUUAUUAAUUUUUUAGCCUUAGAAACAUUACAAGACAUUUUCUUAAAAUUUAAGCAUCCUAUUUAACCCUAAUCAAUUAACCUAAGUUUAGCUGGAUAACCGUAGUUAACGGAUUCUAAAGGAUGCCUAACCCCUUCCCUUUAGGAUAAUAUAGAACCCUUACCUAGAAUCACCCUGAUUAAGCAGACUAUUGACGGAGGUUUAGUUAGCUUUGCCUUAGUUAAUAAUUAGGUGCCCUAAUUCACCUUAAAAUCAAUUAGGUGGCAACUCCUAAAAAUAAGCAAAAAAUAGGCAUCACCAAUAUGUUGUACUCUUAAAUUUAACCCGUUUAAAAUGGGGUAUAACACUAACCACACAAGAAAUGUAAAUCGCACCAGGCCGCCUGGUGCGACGAGUUCUGACUGAGAAGACUGCUGGUGAGGGGCAUUGCUCUAGGUCUCCUAUGUAAGAAUCCACUCACCCAGCCAAUUUUAAUAGGGUAAUAUAAGAUACAAGUAAAAAGUAAUCUAGAAAGUACUUAGUCAAAAUUCAAAGGUGGCUGACUAGUUUGGUACGCGGAAUGCAAUAAACCAUUGAUUCACUCUUUUCAAUCUCAGCCUCCACAAAAUAUACAGUUAACUAAACUUAAGGAGUGACUCAAGCAACUAUCUUCGCUCCACCAAUAGACAAAAUUAGUGGAGAGAGAUAGAGAGAAAUAACCCCCCAAAUACACAAGGAUAUGAAAUGAUAACAGAUUAGUGCAUGUUCAAGAACAUUCACUCUAAUUAAGGGGAAUAAAAAAGAAAAAAAGAAAAAAAAAGAAAGAGGCAGAAUACGAGGGUUGAAUUGAUCAUCAUCCCAUUUUUUUCAUAAUGGCACAAAUGCAACCUGAGAAAGUUGCUUCUAGUGUACAAGAAUCUACUCCAGAAUUUGUUGCUAAAGUUGAUAUGAAUAAUAAUAAUAAUAAUAAUGUUAAUGGUGGCUCUUUCAAGUUCAAUGUUCAGGCCCCUGCAUUCGUGCCAAGAAAAUCACAUGCCACGUCAAUCCCAUGCAUUUCAGGAUAUUUUUAUCCAUGCAGUUUUCAAUAUGUUAAUACUGGGGCUAAUACAACAGUAUAUGGGGGUGAUCAAGACAUUACCUCCUUUGUUCAAGAGCCAAGUUUUGUUUCAUCCCUCUCUCAGAAAGAUAUCCUUCCUGAUGAGCUCAAGCUAAAAGUCAUCAAACAGGUUGAAUACCAACUUAGUGACAUGAGCUUGCUCGCGAAUGAGAGCUUGUUGAAACAGAUGAACAAGGACGCUGAAGGUUUUGUUCCCAUUUCUUCUGUUUCGGCUACAAAGAAAAUCAAGUCCCUCAUCACCAACAACCAAUUAACACUUUCUCAAGCCCUCCUAUCCUCUACAAAGCUGAUUGUAAGCGAUGAUGGCAAGAGGGUCAAACGAAAAAUGCCAUUCACUGACAAGGAUAAAGAGGAAUUGCUGUUACGCACUGUGGUGGCUGAGAAUUUACCGGAUGAUCACUCCCAUCACAACAUUGAGAAAAUAUUUAAAGUUGCUGGAAGUGUCAAAACCAUCCGAGUAUGCCAUCCCCAAGAUCCUAACACACGAACUAGAGGAGACUUGGGCAUCAGCAGUAAGCUUCAUGCACUGAUAGAGUUCGAGCAUCCAGAGGCCGCUGAGAAAGCAGCGGAGAAGCUAAAUGAUGAGAGGAACUGGAGAAAAGGCCUUCGAGUGAGGUUGCUGCUCAGACGUUCACCAAAGUCUGUUCUAAAGAGCAGGAAGUCAGCGUUUGAUGGCUGUUUAGAUGAUGAAGAUUGGUUGAGUUCUGAAUUGACAGAUGAUGCUAAUCACUCAGAAGUAGUGGAUACUAAUGUUGAAGAGACUUUAGCAACAACAAAGAAAAUAUGGGGUAAAGGGCGUGGGAAAAGUACACGACAAGUGCAACGAAAUCAAAUGUACAGUGGUCGUGGCUUGCUUUCCUCGUCUCCACAAGGCAGCACAUAUGAAGCACCACCAGUGAAACAGGCCGCUACAAAAGGACCAAGAAUGCCAGAUGGAACCAAAGGUUUCACUAUGGGAAGAGGGAAGCCCCUGAGGAGUAUUAAUGUUCAAACUGGAGGAGUACAUGUUGUAUAAAUGGAAGAUGAUCAAUUUUGCCCCGGUUUUAUUACUCAGUAUUCACUUGGUAGUACCCAUGGAAGUUCUCUAGUCGAAUUCUUUUUGGUUAAAGAUAUUUAUGUCCAUAAUUCUAGAACUAAAGCAAAAGUGUAUAGGUUAACUAAGGCUAUGGCUUCCUUGAGACUACCAAUUUUGUUUUGUACAUUUCUUUUUUCGUGAAAAUUAUCAUGGGGAAUAAUACGACUGAGUUUAAGAUUCUGCCUCUCA